GUUCACUGCCACGCUAAACAACAGUACGAGUAAAACCGUCUGUCCGCUACGUUCGUCGUGAGCAGCUGUGCUGGUUGGAAUUUUAUUAGUUGUUGUUGUUUACGCGCACAAAAAAAAUGUCUUCAGCAGCCGUUCAACCACCACCACCUGCUCCAGCACCGCGGCCACCACCCUCAACAGCAACAGCAGCCGCAUCCGCUGGCAAGGGAAUCCAUUCAAAAUUAUACAAUGGCUUAAUUGGAGCUUGUGACAAAUUUGUGCCAGCGAAAAUGCGCCCACUUUGGCUACAUCCUGCGGGACCCAAAACGAUAUUCUUCUGGGCACCUGUGUUCAAAUGGGGCCUGGUUGCUGCUGGACUCGGAGAUUUGGCACGGCCGGCGGAUACAAUCUCCAUACCGGCUUGCGGUGCACUGGCUGCCACGGGCAUUAUCUGGUCUCGUUACUCCCUUGUCAUAAUACCCAAAAACUACAGUUUAUUUGCGGUGAAUCUCUUUGUUGGCUUGACGCAAGUAGUGCAACUUGGCCGUGCCUUUAAUUAUCAGCAGGGUCAGGAAAAACUGAAGAAGGAGCAAGAAGAAAAACCAGCGGUAGCGUAAGGAUAGCGGAGAAUUCACUGGGUAGUUCAAAUGUUUUCGAGCAGGGACAUACGCACAUUAACCAAUUGACGCAUAUCAAGGCCAGUGCGUAACCAAUUAAAUGGUGUUUAGUUUAGUUUAAGAAAACUGACCAUUAUUUUUACUUAUGGUUUGUUGAGGCCUUACUGAACGUGAUUCAUAUUGCAUAAGUUGUAAAUGUUUGAGGCUUCGUAUAUAUUACACGUAGUCUAAUUGCACAUAUUUGUGAUUAUUUUUUUCAACAAAAUAUAUAUGUACAUUCUCGAGACUGUAGAAAAUAA